AUGGAGCUCUUCGACGUGUCCUCAGCUGCAGCUGCCGUGGCAGAGCGCUCCACCAACCUGCGGCUCACGUUGCCACUGCUCUGUGCCCUCCUGCAGCGCCUGACCCUCCUUCUCUUCACAUUUUUUGUCCAGUAUUAUGACCAAACGAGUGCAAAGCUGUGGCACAAGGAGAUGCAGCUCCACAACAGGAGCCAUCAGGACAAUGAAUUCUGCAGUCGCUACCCGAGCCUGCGGCCAGCCGGUCACCUCUUGCUUCCAAUGUCUUCUGCCAGCAUGAUCAACGCUGACUUCUGCACUGGGGCAGUCCUCGUCUCCUUUGGGGUGCUCUUGGGCAAGAUGAGCCCUGCUUAGCUGCUGCUGACCUGGCUGGAGGACACGGUCUUAGGCAUUAAUGAAUACAUCCUGCUUGACAUCCUGGGGGCAAAAGACGCAGGAGGGUCCAUGCCCAUUCACACCUCUGGGGCCUACUUUGGACUGGCAGUCUCCUGGAUUCUUUACCGAUCCCACCUGGACAGGAGCCAACAACUGGAAGUUUCCACCUACCUGUCAGAUACUUUUGCUAGGAUUGGGACUCUCUUCCUGUGGAUCUUCUGGCCAAGCUUCAACUCUGCUGUGGCGGCACAUGCAGACAGCCAACAGCGGGCUGCCAUGAACACCCACCGGAGCUUCUCCCUGGGGGCCAGCGCCCUCGCAACCUGUGCUGCGCCCACCCUGCUGCACGGGGAGGGUAAGCUGAGCAUGACUGACCAGCCGGCUGGGGGACAAUGCUCACACCAAGCAGCCCCCUUCCUGGCUCUGGCCUGUGGAGCUGCCAGCUGGGUGGGCAGUUCUGGGUCAGUGGGUCUGAGGAGCCAGGUCAGCAGCGCCGCCAACUCCAUGGGUGCCAAUGGGCAUGUUCCUGUGGCACCCCCAUCCGGCUUCCCCAGUGAGGACCCAGACAUGUGCCCCUCCUCUAUGCACAAGGCCCAUACUGCAGGGAGGGUGGACCCCAUGGCCUUCCGCUUCUGCUGUCCUGUGACUCUGCGCAUGCUGCUGAACGCUGCGCUGCAGCUGCAGCUGCAACAGGAGCCUGUAACUCAGCAGCACCUGAAGGGUCACAAGAAGGACUAA